UUAUGAAAUAAAAAAAUUAAAGAAAUAUGCAGAUAUUCCUUUAAAAAGAUAUUAUGAUAGUCUUUAGCAUUUAGUGUUUUGUGCAGAAACGUUCAAGUAAUUACUGUCUCUAUAGAAAAGGAGAAAAAAUAUCUGAAAAUUAUGGAUGUAUAGAUAUUUGGACAAAACACAUACUAAAAGCCAAUAUUUGAGUUACUUUUAGUAUGGAUAUAAGACAUUUUUGGACAUGAAAAAUGACCUAACUGAAACUAAUAAAAUAAGCUUAAUGUAAAGGACAAACAAAAGAAAGAACCUUAAUAGGGAUGACCAAGCAUAUCCAUCAAGAGCUGGUGGGUGGUAAUGUAUGUUGCCACCUCUCUCUUUCUCUCUGGAAAUACUACUUCGCCCCCUUAUCCUUCUCUCUCUACUUCCUUCUCUCUCUACUCCCGAAGCUUUUGCAACAAAUUAAGUCCCCCUCUGUCUUUCUCUCUCUAGGUGCAAGAAGACUCAGAGAGAAAAGAAAAGUAUGAUUGAUAGGGAAAGAGAGAGAUAAAAAACUAAAAUAUAAUAGAUUAUUAGGACACGGUUGUCAUCUUCUUUUUUGUGUCUUUUGUGCGCUCUUCAUCGAUUGAUCUUCUUUAUAUUAAACCCUACUCUCUUUCUCCUUUUCCCAUUCUUUUUAUCAUUCUUUCUUUCUCUCUUCGGGAUCUGAUAUCUACUUCCGGUAACCUAUUCCAGAGAAGCACUGUCAAAUCUUGUCCCCUCUUCUUUCAGGGACCCCCUUCUCUCCCUAGUCUUGUGUUGAAGUGUUCAAACUUCUGAUGAGAAGCAUACAGUAGCCAAAACACACAAAAUUUCGUUUCAGCUGAAUAAUCUUCUAUCUAGAGUUUCUUCAGGUUAUUAAUUAAUUACGAAGUCGAAAGUAUGAAUUCAUUUUCACACGUUCCUCCGGGUUUUAGAUUUCACCCAACAGACGAAGAACUUGUAGACUACUACCUGAGGAAAAAAGUUGCAUCCAAGAGAAUAGAAAUCGAUUUCAUAAAGGACAUUGAUCUUUACAAGAUUGAGCCAUGGGAUCUUCAAGAGUUGUGCAAAAUUGGACAUGAGGAGCAAAGUGACUGGUACUUCUUUAGCCAUAAAGACAAAAAGUAUCCCACAGGGACUCGAACCAACAGAGCAACUAAAGCAGGGUUUUGGAAAGCCACUGGAAGAGAUAAGGCUAUAUACUUGAGGCAUAGCCUUAUUGGUAUGAGGAAAACACUUGUAUUUUACAAAGGAAGAGCCCCAAAUGGACAAAAAUCUGAUUGGAUCAUGCAUGAAUACCGCUUAGAAACCGAUGAAAAUGGAACUCCUCAGGAAGAAGGCUGGGUUGUGUGUAGGGUUUUCAAGAAGAGAUUGGCUGCAGUGAGACGAAUGGGAGAUUACGACUCAUCGCCUUCACAUUGGUAUGACGACCAGCUCUCUUUUAUGGCAUCUGAGCUCGAGACAAACGGUCCACGGCGGAUUCUCUCCAAUCAUCAUCAUCAGCACCAGCAUCAGUACCAACAGCAUUUACCAUAUGGAUUCAAUGCAUCUGCUUACGCUCUCAACAACCCUAACUUGCCAAGCAAGCAAGAGCUACAAUACAACCACCUGGUACAACAACAUCAUUUUCUUCAUGAAUCUCCUUUAUCAUUCCUCCAACUUCCUCAGCUUGAAAGCCCUAAGAUCCAACAAGAUAAUAGUAAUUGCAUCUCAAGCAACCACGAUAAUAACUCGAGCCGUAUUGCCAACUUGCAGCAGUCUAAUCUCGCGCAUGAGGAACAACUGAAUCAAGGGAAUCAGAUUUUCAGCUCUCCAUACAUGAAUAGCGGGAACGAGCAAGCGAUGGACCAGGUCACCGACUGGAGAGUUCUUGAUAAAUUCGUCGCUUCUCAGCUAAGCAACGAAGAGGCCGCCACAGCUUCUGCUUCUCAACAGAACAAUGCCAAUGACACAAGCAACAUGGAGUACCAAGUUGAUGAAGAAAAAGAUCAGGAAAGAGUUUCCGACAUGGGAGAAGAAUAUGCUGCUUCUACUUCUUCGAGUUGUCAGAUUGACCUAUGGAAGUGAGCAGAAAUAAUAUAUCAUAUAAAUGCAUAUAUCCACAUAUAUAUACGUACACACGAACACUAAUUAAGUGUAGAUGUUGAUUACGGUACAUAAUUAUAUUUGCUUUGAUUGAUUCUAUUAAUUACUACAUUAUUGAACUUAUGUUAUAUGCAUAUAUACUUGUACUUGAUAAGAUUAACCAUAUAAAUUAUAAUCUAAAUGUAACUCCCAUAUUUUUUUUUUUGAAAAAGAGACAAUUGUCUC